AUGGCAUCUUUCGACAUUGUUACAAGGGAACUAAAGCAGCCCAUUGAUGUUGCAGAAUAUCUCUAUCGCCGCCUUUAUGAGGUUGGGAUUCGUUCAGUCCAUGGAGUUCCUGGAUACGCCGCGGACGGCUACGCCCGAGUGAACGGAAUUUCUGCUUUGGUCACGACCUUUGGGGUGGGCGAGUUGUCUGCCCUCAAUGCCAUCGCAGGGGCCUAUUCUGAAUAUGUUCCAAUUGUUCAUAUUGUCGGACAACCCAGUACCAUAGCGCAACGUGACGGAAGGCUUCUGCAUCACACGCUCGGCAAUGGUGACUUCAACGUGUUUGUGGAAAUGAGUGCUGGCAUUUCAUGCGCAGUGGCUAGACUCGAUGAUCUCCAUGAUACGGCCACAUUGAUUGACAACGCGAUCCGGGAGUGUUGGAUCCGCAGUAGACCAGUCUACAUCGCUCUUCCAAUGGAUAUAGUUCAGAAGAAGGUGGAAGGCGAGCGACUGAAGACUCCGAUAGACCUCACCAGGCCUCCGAACGAUCCAGAGAAGGAGGAAUACGUGGUUGAUGUCAUCUUGAAAUAUCUGCAUGAGGCGAAGAAUCCGAUUAUCCUGGUCGACGCUUGUGCUAUCCGGCACCACGUUCUAGACGAAGUUAAUGAUCUCAUUGAGGCUUCUGGCUUACCAACCUUUGUGGCCCCAAUGGGCAAAGGAGCCGUGGAUGAGACACAUCGCAAUUUCGGAGGCGUUUAUGCUGGUGACGGGUCCAAUCAGGGCGUGCGGGAGGUCGUUGAAUCUUCUGACCUCAUCCUCAGCAUUGGUGCAAUCAAGUCCGAUUUUAAUACCGCCGGAUUUACGUACCGUAUUGGACAGCUGCACACUAUCGACUUUCACAGUACCUACGUGCGAGUGCGAUACUCGGAGUAUCCUGAUAUCAACAUGAAGGGGGUAUUGCGGAAAGUCAUCCAGAGAAUGCGAAAAUUGAACACUCGUCCCAUUCCCAAGAUCACAAAUGCCAUCCCCCCAGCUGAACAGACCUCCACUGACUCGACUAUAACUCACGCGUGGUUGUGGCCCACUGUUGGCCAAUGGCUGAGAGAGAAUGACAUUGUCAUAACGGAAACGGGAACAGCAAAUUUUGGCAUCUGGGAGACUAGAUUUCCGAAAGGGGUCACUGCGCUGAGUCAAGUUCUGUGGGGCAGCAUUGGAUAUUCAGUUGGAGCUUGUCAGGGAGCCGCGUUGGCAGCAAAGGAGAGGAACAAUCGCAGGACAAUCCUUUUCGUGGGAGAUGGUAGCUUCCAGUUCACUGUACAGGAGAUGAGCACGAUACUGAGGAAAGGAUUGAAACCCAUCGUAUUCGUGAUCUGCAAUAAUGGGUACACUAUCGAGCGUUACAUCCAUGGUUGGGAAGAGAGCUACAAUGACAUCCAACCCUGGAAAUUCGUGGACGUCCCCUCGACCUUUGGCGCGAAGAAAGACGAAUAUAAGACAUACCAGGUAAGGACUAGGGAUGAACUGAGGAGACUCUUCGGGAAUGAAGUCUUUUCUUCUGCCCCGUGUCUGCAGCUCGUGGAAUUAUAUAUGCCGCAAGAAGACGCCCCUGCAGCUCUGAAGUCGACAGCGGCAGCCGCCGCGAAAAGCAAUGCGAAGGCAUAG